GCGGGAUAAGAUGCGGUAAGGUGUCGUGCGAAGCAAAAACCGAAGAAGUUGUUCCUGCGAAUUUGGCCUCAUUCAUUCGUAGAGAGCGAAACCGAUAGCUUCUUGAGGUUUUUAAUUUUUUAUGCGCAGUUUUUCCGUUUCUCGGCGGAGAGUUUCUCAGCGUGGAAGGAGGUUCGGAAAGGCGGAACUGCUGCGGUAGAGGUGUUAUCAGAUCGAUCUCCUUGCGUCAACUUCUCGGGGGUUUUUCUUCUCGCCGAUCGAAUCGCAAUCGUCUCUCUGCUUUUUCACAUUCGGAUCGUCUCAAGCAUGAUUGGCGUCGACCCUGAUGAUCUUUUCAUCUGAUUCGUCGUUGUGGGCUUCCGAGGAUUCAACCGUUCUCCGAAUUCUUUAACCAUGGGCGACCUUCAGCUUUGGCCGCAGCAGCUUGACGGCAUCAGCGCGGCGGACGAUGACCAUAACCGUCCUUCGCCUCCGUCGCCGGCGGCUCCUUCUUCGACGCCGCGACCCCCGAAUCCUCAUCAUUCGGCGAUCAGCGCCGAUGCAUGGAUGCAAGCGGAGCAGGCUACCCAGGAGGUUAUACACCAUAUCCUGCCCACGGUGGUCUCCGAGCAAAGGAGAAAGGCUGUUGUGGAUUACGUGCAGAAGUUGAUGAAAGGUUUUCUGAAUAGCGAGGUAUUCCCAUUCGGAUCAGUUCCCUUGAAGACAUAUCUUCCUGAUGGAGACAUCGAUUUGACUACAGUUAGCUUUCCAAAUAUUGAAGAUGCUUUAGCUGCUGAUGUGAGAUCGGUCCUUGAAGUUGAAGCACAUAAUAAGGAUGCUGAGUUUGAAGUAAAGGAUGUGCAGCUUAUUCUUGCUGAGGUUAAACUUGUCAAAUGUUUGGUUCAGAAUAUUGUGGUAGAUAUAUCUUUCAAUCAGAUUGGUGGAUUGUGUACACUUUGUUUCCUUGAGCAGGUUGAUCAUCUUAUUGGAAAGGAUCAUCUUUUUAAGCGCAGUAUCAUAUUGAUCAAAGCUUGGUGUUAUUACGAAAGCCGUAUUCUUGGUGCUCAGCAUGGUUUAAUAUCUACUUAUGCGCUGGAAACGUUGAUCCUGUACAUAUUUCAUCUCUUCCAUUCAUCUUUGCAUGGCCCUUUGGCAGUUCUGUAUAAGUUUCUGGACUAUUACAGUAAAUUUGACUGGGACAAUUUUUGCGUCAGCCUAAAUGGCCCUGUCUCUGUAUCCUCUCUUCUGGAACUACCGGCAGCUGAGACAGUAGAGACUGAUGGCGGCAACCUAUUGCUAACUAAGGAGUUUUUCAGAAGCUGUGUAGAUAAUUUCUCUGUUGCGCCAAAGGGGUCAGAUUCUCGAAAUUUUAUAAAGAAACAUCUAAACAUUGUUGACCCAUUGAGAGAAAGCAAUAAUCUUGGACGAAGUGUAAGUAAAGGUAAUUUUUACAGAAUACGUAGUGCCUUUUCGUAUGGUGCUUGGAAGCUUGGACGGCUUCUUCUACUUCCUGGUAAAAGUAUUGCUAAUGAAGUGAAUAUGUUCUUCCUAAACACUAUUGAUAGGCAUGGAAGUGGAGAAAGGCCAGAUGUGCAGGAUUUGAUUCCCAGAUGCCUGGACGGUGCUUCAGAUUUAGUAAAUGGGAUUUUUGCUCCCUCAGCAGAAAAUAUUGAAAAAGAGCAUGCAGAUAAGCAAAGUUCGGAGUCUCUUACUACUGAUGCUUGCAUUGAUUCAACCGAAGGAAAUAAAAACAUAAGGAUUUCAAGUUUGGAUGGUUAUGAUGACAGAGUACCAUUGCAAAGGCAAUCCUCUUAUAAUCAGAAAAAUGUCACAAAUCUGGAAUCAGGUGGUGUUGAAGUGGAUGGUGCUGCUUCCUUCGUCCGUAUAAUUGAUGAUGCAAAAGAUCUUGCUAGUGUCAGAGCCUCUGUUUCAACUGACAUUAGUGAAAACUACUCGACUUCAGUAUCAACCAGUGAAGCUGGAAUUUCAUCAUUCGGUAAAGCUUAUCAUGUUCCCCACACUUUUUAUGUUCCAGAAAAUGGAAAUGGAAAGGAUUUAACAAGUGAUACGAUCAAUUCAGUUAAUUUGGGUUCAUUACAAAGUGUUUCUUUUAAUAGGGCUUCGGGCUCCCCUGAGGAAAUGAGCAAUUCUGUGCAGCUUGAUUCCUGUGAGACUGAUUCAUCAUCAAGUUGUACAUCCUCCACUAGCAAUCAUGGUAGUGCCUUCCCAUCAGAAAGUUUGCACUUCGCAAACUUCGCAAACCAGACCCCAUCAGGAAAUGAAUGGAAUGAUACCAAUGGAAGUUACAAUGUACCAAAUAAAUUUUCAGAUCUCACAGGUGAUUAUGAGAUGCACUUUAGAAGUCUUUCUUAUGCUCGGUGGUGCCAAGAACAGAUAACUAUGACAUAUUUUCUUCCAAUUCAUCAGUCACCCACAUACGCUUACCACCAAAGCAGAGAUGCAUGGAGUCGUGGCAGUAUGUACACGCCCAUGAAUGCAAAUGGAGUGACACCCAGGCCACCUUUUUCUCCUGGUUACUAUCCGAUUAAUUUACCUUUUUUUCCCAGCACUUAUGGCCCUGAGCCAAAGCCAAGGGGAACUGGAACAUAUUUUCCCAACACGAACCAUCGUGUCUACAAAGAGCGGCAAUAUCCUGGAAGAGGAAAGAAUCCGAUGACUGCUAAUCAGUUUCCCAGACCCCGGAUCAAUGGCCGUGCAGAUAUAUCCCAUGAUAAGAACUUAGAAAAAGGACCUCAUGAGCCUGCUACACAGUUUGGCGGAAGCGGACGUGGGAGGCCUCCAGUUCUAGAUAUACCACACUUGUCGUUUCGACCUGCCUUAAAGGGCUCGCCUCAUGCCAAUGGUAUCAAUUUGCCAACCGAUUAUGGCAGACUUGAAUUUGGUUCACUUGGUCCUGUUUCCUUUGGAACUCUAUCAUUAGAGAAUGGAAAUUCCCAUAGUCAGGACUCUGGAUUUCCAAACCCAGCAUUAAUUGAGCAGAGACCAGCUAUCCAUUCUAAUACAGAAAGAUCGUCGCAAUCGUAUCAGCUGAAAGACGAGGUCGAUUUCCCCCCUCUAUCUGGCUGAUAUCUGCAAGAGAAGCUUGUGCUAAUGUAGUGAAUAAGAAGAAUGCUAAACUAUGAGGCUUGUUUGUGGAGCAGCUCAGUGGUGUGCAAAGAAGUGGUUGUUUUGCUGUUUUUUCAGUGGUUCUGUACAUUAAAAUAAAGACUCAGCCCCUUCUCUUACCCUAUUAUGUCAGGUGGGGGAGAUUCAAACAAGAUUCCUGUAAGGUGAAUCUUCUUCCUCCCAACUCAUUUUUCCUACCAAUGUAGAUGGUGAGAAGUACUAACCCCCUUUUAGUUCUUGAGUCAUAAUAGUUGGAACCAAUAGGGAGAACUUGUAUGCCAUUAUAUAUAUCCAAAAUGUUGCUAAUUUUUCAUCUCUUUAUUGGAUUACUCACUCGAGUGCUUUAUUUUUCAA